GCCUCCAAGGGCCUUUGGCCACAACCUCGCUCCCCUCUGCAGCAGCGCUCCAGCUCCCAAGUCCCGCCCGGCUCUGCGCGCUCCUUUCCCGGCGACCGUCUCCAGAGGCGCUGAUCGUCAUGGCUGGGUUCUCAUGGCUCUCCCCGCUCGCCCUCUGGCUCCUGCUCGCAGGCUGCCUGGACGCCGCCGGCCUCUACUACCAAAAAGGGCAGAGCUGUUACAAGCCGCUGCCGCGAAACCUCCCCGGCGUCCGAACCUAUCCUCGCCCGCAUGAAUAUUUGGAUAUCUCUAAGCUGCCAAAGAGCUGGGACUGGAGAAGCAGAGAUGGAGUCAAUUAUGCAAGCACCACUCGAAACCAGCACAUCCCCCAAUACUGUGGAUCAUGCUGGGCUCACGGCAGCACCAGUGCCUUUGCAGAUCGCAUAAAUAUCAAGAAGAAAGGUGCCUGGCCCUCGGCAUAUCUCUCUGUUCAAAAUGUGAUCGACUGUGCCGAUGCUGGAUCUUGUGAAGGUGGGGACGACGGUGGCGUGUGGCAAUAUGCUCAUGAACAUGGCAUCCCGGAUGAAACAUGCAACAAUUAUCAAGCUAAAGACCAAGACUGCAAGAAAUUUAACCAAUGUGGAACGUGUACCACCUUUGGGGAAUGUCACGUGAUAAAAAAUUACACCCUCUGGAAAGUGGGAGAUUAUGGAUCUGUGAGCGGUCGAGAGAAAAUGAUGGCAGAAAUCUAUGCAAAUGGACCCAUCAGCUGUGGGAUCAUGGCUACCCCAGGCCUGGACAACUAUACCGGAGGAAUUUAUACUGAAUAUAACACUUCACCUUUCAUUAACCACAUUAUCUCUGUUGCUGGUUGGGGUGUGAAAGACGGAAUUGAAUACUGGAUUGUCCGCAACUCAUGGGGCGAACCGUGGGGUGAAAGAGGAUGGCUGCGCAUUGUGACGAGCGCAUAUAAAGGCGGGAAAGGAGCAGACUAUAAUCUGGCAGUUGAAGUCCGGUGCACAUACGGAGACCCCAUCGUUCCAUGAAUUCUUUUGCGAAAACUUUUUCAGCUGGUUUUUUUUGUUUUUAAACUUUUGAAAAGGAAAAUUGCUUUCUGCAGGAUUGGCUGGCCACAUACGGACUGAGUUUCUUUUUUUUUUUCAUUAAAGAUUUUGCACAAAUUAUCAAAAGCCCACACCAUCCAGCCAAAUUGAUGAAACUUCUUGGAUGAAAAGUGAAGCAUCUUCUUCAACGAAAAGAAGAAAAAAAUACAGUCCAGUUGCCUUUUGGAAAAAGCACCUAUGAGACACCAAUGAGCUGGACGACUAAGAAUUUCCAUUUGGUUAGGU